ACAAAAUUUCUAGCAUCCCAAAAAAAAAAAAAAAAUCCCCAAAAGUUUUGAAGAGUUGCACAAAGAGCACCAUAAACAAAGAUAAUGGUAAUCAAUUUAGUCCCUCUACUCCUCUCCCUAAUCACCAUCUUCAUCCCAUCCGCCAUCGCAGUAUCUGAAACAGAAGUAGAACAACAUCAGAUCCUCAACACAACAAGCCAAUGGCUCCAUUAUAUCCCACCAAAUCUCAAACAAUCAACAACAAUCGAAUUCUCUAUUCCCACAAUAAUCGCCGCCGUACUCUCGUUCUUGGCCGCCUCGAUCUCGAGCGCCGGAGGAAUCGGGGGAGGCGGCCUCUUCCUCUCGAUAAUGACGAUUGUAGCUGGUCUCGAAAUGAAAACAGCGUCGAGUUUCUCAGCGUUCAUGGUAACAGGAGUCUCUUUAGCGAACGUUGCAUGCAACAUCUUCGUGAGAAACCCUAACUCAAGAGACAACAAAACCUUGAUAGAUUUCGAUUUAGCUCUUACUGUUCAGCCGUGUCUGCUUCUUGGAGUAAGUGUUGGUGUGAUCUGUAACCGUAUGUUCCCUAACUGGCUCGUGUUGUUCCUCUUCGCUGUGUUUCUUGCGUGGUCAACGAUGAAGACUUGUAAAAAAGGGGUUUCUUACUGGAAUUUGGAGUCGGAGAAAGCUAGGAUUAGGAGUCCUAGGGACGAUGAUGGGAUCGAGGGAGCGAGAUUGCCGCUUCUUGGAGAAGAUGUGGGAGAGAGAGGAAUGGUUAGGUUUCCAUGGAUGAAGCUUGGAGUUUUAGUGAUCAUUUGGUUACUCUUCUUCUCCAUUAAUCUUUUCCGCGGAAACAAAUACGGUCAGGGUAUCAUAUCGAUCGAGCCAUGUGGAGGUCUCUACUGGUUGCUCUCUUCGCUUCAGAUACCUCUCACUAUCUUCUUUACUCUCUGGAUUUGCUUCAGUGACAAUGUCCAAAGCAACCACACAUCACAUAAUAACCAAGACUCUGACAAGGUUAUUGAACCGAACAAGUUUAUGCUUCCAGUAAUGGCUCUGUUGGCUGGAGUUUUGGGUGGCCUUUUUGGUAUUGGCGGUGGAAUGCUCAUUAGUCCUCUUCUUCUCCAAAUCGGUAUAGCUCCUGAGGUAACUGCAGCGACAUGUUCUUUCAUGGUUUUGUUUUCUUCAUCAAUGUCUGCAAUCCAGUACUUAUUACUAGGCAUGGAACACGCUGGAACUGCUGCGAUAUUCGCUUUGGUUUGCUUUGUAGCGUCUCUGGUCGGACUAAUGGUGGUUAAGAAGGUUAUAGCCAAGUACGGGAGGGCUUCAAUCAUUGUGUUUGCAGUAGGUAUCGUCAUGGCACUCAGCACUGUACUGAUGACAACACAUGGAGCUCUUAAUGUCUGGAAUGAUUUUGUCUCUGGUCGCUACAUGGGUUUUAAAUUACCCUGUUAACUGAAAAUUAUAUAAAUCCAACUAAUAAGAUAUUUCAUUUGGUCUCUUGAA